GUGUUAUGAGACGACCCUUUAGGAAGAUACGUUAAUCCAGUUUCCUGUGACGUCACUUAUUCAGGGUUGGAGAGAUCUAGAGAGAAAAUGGCCAGCGCUGUGCAACAGAACGUGGAAAAUUGGAAGGCCAGGCUCGAUAAAAUCUUGCACGAGAAAAAUGGCUUUACUGAUCUUUUGGCAAAGGCUGAAGGGAAGACUGGAGUACGAAGACUCUACCUUGCUCUUGGGCUGCUUGCAAUAGUUGUCCUGUAUUUGAUGGUGGGAUAUGGUGCCCAGUUCCUGUGUAAUUUUAUAGGCUUUCUAUACCCAGCCUAUGCAUCAUUUAAAGCCGUAGAAAGCACAAGCAAAGAUGACGACACUGUCUGGCUCAUCUACUGGGUUGUCUACAGUUUUUUUGCGCUCUUAGAAUUUUUCACAGACAUCUUCUUGUUCUGGAUUCCAUUCUAUUGGCUCCUGAAGUGCAUUUUCCUAGUUUGGUGUAUGUCCCCUACAUCAUACAAUGGCUCCCAGACGUUGUACUACAAAGUCAUCAGACCAUUUAUCCUUCGCUAUGAGAAGAAAAUUGACAGCGCCUUGGAUCGUGCCAGUGAAGCAGCACAGGAAGUGUUUGGUCUAGCAUCCAAAGCCUCAAAAAAGGCGGGAGAAAUGGCCCAGGACAUGGCAAGCGAUGCAGCAACAGACGCCUUGAAAAAACAGUACCUGGACAACUCGGCAAAGACCGACUAAAUGAUAACACCUACCCAAUUCUUCUCCACCCUCAUCUUCACCUGUCGACCUCCACCCCGAUCAAAGGAGGCCAAAUCUUGGCUUAAAAAAUUACCUCAAUUCUAUCUGAUUGUUUGAGACUCAGUGUGCAAUAUGUCAGCAUGAUUGUAAAACCGAAGGACCUGUAGAUUUGAUUAUUAGAGAGAUGUGUUCAUACUGCGAUGGUUUCAGUGUCGGUCCCCAAUUGUUUGUACAAAACGUAGUUUUGCCCCCAGGGUAUAUGUUAUUGUUGGUCUUUUUAACCAUUUCUUUUUUUUUGCUUAGCAAAUAUUUAGGUUUUUGCUCAAUUUAUAGAUGUAUGUACAAUAAAUUUUCUCCUAGCAUAUCUCCUACAGUUUUUCAAUAGAUAUCAUAAACAUCUACUUACUUUCAUGAAACAUGUAUAUAAUUAUACGAACUGCAGAUUUGUGACUACAGUAAAACGCGCUCAUAACGAAGUGCUGUGGAGGAGCAAUUUUGAUAAGUUAUAAAUGUAAUUCAUUGUAUAAAGUGAAUUCAUUGCAUGUAUUAAAACAACAGGGAAUAAAAAUAACUUCACUGUAAGCAGGAAUUCAUGUGUUCGCUGUAACCAUGUUUUACUGUAAGCAUGAAUUUGUUAUAAGCAUGUUCGCUAUAACCGUGUUUUACUGCAAGCAUGAAAUCAUUAUAAAUGUUCAAGGAGAUCACAUUAUAUCUCUAAAUUUAACCCUGUUCAACCUCUCUAGUCCUUUGGAUUUAUAUAAUCUAAUGUUUUGAUGUUGUACGAUUGUAAAAUAAAUACUCCAUAUGCAUGCAUGUACUACGGAUUUAAAAGUUUUUCUCAGUAUUGGUCCAAGACAGUAAGUUGCAUACUGUACAUAGCUUAAAUGUUAGAUUUUUUUUCUAGUGUACAGAUUUUAUCAAAAUUGAUUCUCCGUUGUUACUUUAUAUUGAAUAUUUAUGAAUCUUCCUUUUUUUUUUUUUUUUUUGAGAUCUAAUGUCCUAAAUGAUGAAUUUUUAUAGCACUUUUUAUGCUUGACUUCAGUAUACUGUCUUUAUGCUGUAAACACUGUACAUAUAUAAUUUAUUAUUUCUAACAUUCCUAAACCUGUCUGUACUUACCUCUAAUCAAACCCGGACAUUUUUCAGUUUUCUUCGAAGGGAAUUUCAUCUGCCCAGUUACUUAUGUAACGAUAAUGUAUUUUGCUUGUUACAGUUGAUUAUGAUUUAUGUGAGGUAGUUAUUUAUUUGAUCUACUUUGAAGAAGAGAAAUUCAAUCUCCUUGUGUCCAAGUCUGAUAUUUCUGAAUUUCUAUAAACCUGUAUCCAAGUCUUCUAGCAUCUAUUAGUCAAUAAAAUUCUCUUAAACUA